AUGGAAGCAAAAUCACCAGAUUCACCAACGAAGUCCAAAGGAUGGAGCUGGAUGCUGCUCGUGAUUUUUUUUGCAGCCCUUGUCUUGCUCGCCUGUGCAUUUACGCUAUGGUAUGAUGUUCACAGAUCGAGGCGUUCUCAACACCGUCCUGCUAGACCACCAAGAGUAGUUGAUGAAAAAUAUGCUAAUGCUCUCGGGGUUGCUAUGCAAUUCUUUGAGGUUCAAAAAUCUGGUAAAUUGGUGGAUAAUAAGAUAGCCUGGAGGGGAGAUUCAGGUUUGCAAGAUGGACGAGAAGAAAAUCUUGAUUUAUCAAAAGGGAUGUAUGAUGCUGGGGAUGACAUGAAAUUUGGAUUUCCGAUGGCAUUUACUGCAACAAUGUUGUCGUGGGCCAUUUUGGAAUAUGGACAACAUAUGCAAGAAAUGAAACAGUUGAAAAAUGCUCAAGAUUCCCUGAAGUGGAUAACUGAUUAUCUCAUAAAUGCGCAUCCUUCUGACAAUGUGCUAUUCAUCCAGGUUGGUGAUCCUGAGGUGGAUCACAACUGCUGGGAGAGGCCAGAAGCCAUUACAGAAGCACGGCCACUCAUACAAGUGAACAUUUCAUAUCCAGGAACUGAGGUUGCAGCAGAAACCGCAGCGGCUAUGGCAUCUGCCUCGUUAGUGUUCAAGUCUAUCAACAAGACCUACUCACAAAUGUUGCUGAAGCAUGCUCAGCAAUUGUUCAGUUUCGCAGAUACUUACCGAGGUUCUUACAGUAUCAGCAUCCCCCAAGUACAAAAGUAUUACAAUUCAUCAGGAUAUGGUGAUGAACUCCUGUGGGCGGCUGCUUGGCUUUAUCAUGCUACUGGAGACCAGUCAUACCUUAAAUAUACUACUGGUGCAAAUGGAAACUCUUUUGCUAAUUGGGGAAAUCCGACAUGGUUUUCCUGGGAUAACAAGUUGGCUGGAGUUCAGGUUCUUCUAUCCAGGGUAAGCUUCUUUGGUUCAGCCGAUACCUCUGAUGCUGAAAAUCUCGGCCUUCAGAAGUACAGGAGAACUGCUGAUGCUCUUCUGUGUAGCCUUCUCCCCUAUUCCUCAUUGGCAACACCUAAUAGAACAGAAGGUGGGCUGAUAUGGGUGACAGAAUGGAACGCUUUACAAUACUCUGUUGCCUCGGCAUUUUUGGCGGUUCUUUAUAGCGAUUACAUGUUCUGGUCCGGUACACCAACCCUGUAUUGCAAUGGAGACCAAUACGAGCCAAUGGACCUGCGAAGUUUUGCAAUUUCACAGGCAAAUUAUGUUCUGGGAAGUAAUCCAAUGAAGAUGAGCUACCUCGUUGGAUAUAGCAGUGACUACCCCAAGUAUGUACAUCACAGGGGAGCUUCAAUUCCGGCAGAUGCUAAUACAGGUUGCAAGGAUGGGUUCAAGUGGCUUCGUUCACCAUCUCCAAAUCCAAACAUAGCAACUGGAGCUCUUGUUGGUGGACCAUUUCUCAAUGACACCUACAUUGAUUCCAGGAACAAUUCUAUCCAAGCAGAACCGACCACUUAUAACAAUGCCUUCAUUGUUGGUCUUCUAUCUGGCCUUCUCACCGCCUCUCCAAAACUUCCAUCUUUCACAUAGGAGAAUACCAGUCUUGUCAAUAAACUGUGCAGUAACAUGUAAAUGUGAAAGACGAGAUUGAAGGGUAUAUAAACUGUACAGAUAUACCUGCAUAAUCAUA